AUGGGUGUCUGGGAGGCUCUUGGUGGGCGCUUCUCCAGUUCUCUGAACUCUGUUGGGCGUCGCUUUCUGGCGCUCGUGCCCGGCUUUGUCCCGAAGUCCCUACCCCGACUUGAAGACUACUACCCCCCUACCCUCCAGAUGGCGUCCACGCUCUCUGCUACCGUGGCCCAGGGAUCAGUGCUGUUUGAGGAUCUGGCUGUGUAUUUUUCUCAAGAGGAAUGUGUGACUCUGUACCCAGCCGAGCCGUUGCUCAGCGGAGAUGCCACAAAGGAGUAUUGUGAGCCUGUGACCUCACUGGGAGAGGAAGGUGAGACUGAGAUUAAUCAGCAGUUAAGUCUGGAGUCUGUGGAACUUGAAGAACUUGCCCUAGAAAAGUACUCCAUUGCUGUGCCCCUUAUCUAUUCUCCAGAAAAAUCCUCUGAAGAUGAAGUUGGAAGCCCUGAAGGGAAAACAGUGGGUGGAACUUCCACUUGCAAGAAGAGAUUCAUAAGCCUUUUAGUGACCAUUGAAAACCAUACCCCAUUAGUCGAACUUUCUCAAUGUCUAGGAGUCAGAAGACUUUCUGAAAUUCUUGAAUUUCCCUGGGAAGAAACCAAAGACGUACAUAAGCCUCCUGAAGGCGACCAAAAAAGCUUCAGUGAUGAUUCAUAUCUCGUUUUGCAGCCAAAGAUUCACUCAAAAGAAAAAAAGUUUAGAUGUGGUGACUGUGGGAAAAUCUUCAAUCACAGAGCCAACUUGAGGACGCACAGGAGAAUCCAUACUGGUGAAAAGCCUUAUAAAUGUGCUGAGUGCGGCACCAGCUUCCGACAACACUUGCAUCUGUCUCGGCACAGGAACGUCCACCUAAAAGAGAAACUCCAUACCUGUGGGAUAUGUGGGAAAAGUUUUAUGUGGCUCACAGGAUUGAAACAGCACCAGAGAACCCACACUACGGAAGAAGCCUGUGAUAUGGAGGGGGAAGAAGUGGAGGAAGAGGAGGCUGAACAAUACAGAGAUGAUGGGGGAAACGUGUCGUUCCUGAGAUUUAAACCCUUGAAAUGUCCCAAACGGCCCGCGGGCGGAAAUACCAACGAGGUGUUGGUUGUGCUUUGGGACGGCGGGCUAUGGGGCCGUCCGUUUCCCGAGGGACGGUUCGGCGCGGCUCACGCCUCCUAUCGCUGUGCGGUCUCCGCAGAAACUGGUGGGGAUGGUGGGGGCAGGACCGUGUGCCGGUGGCUAAGAGUCUUUAGGACUUGCCCUGCGCACUUAGCGGAAGGGUAUCUUGCGUGCGACGGCGUGGGACCAGCCCUGAUAUGGGUCUGGAGGUUCCAGGCUCUGGCCACCACCCUGCGAGUAUGUCUCCAGUAG